AUGAUGCGGACUUCAGCGCUGUUAUGGAUGCUGUUCUGGACUUUAUUUGCGGCUGGAUUUGCGCGGCGCACACCGACGCGCUGCGACAAAACCGAUCCGAGAGCGCUGAACUCUUUCUUAUGGACGGUGAAGCGGCUACACCCUCACCCACCCUCGUACCUGUUCGGUACCAUCCACGUGCCGUACACCCGCGUGUGGGACUUCGUACCAGAGCGCUCCAAGCGGGCGUUUCAGAGCAGCACCAGCGUUUUCUUCGAGCUCGACCUGACCGACCCCGUGACCAUGUCCAAACUGGCCAGCUGCCAGCUUUUACCAAACGGCGAGAGUCUGAGGAGCCUGCUGCCCCGUGAGCUCUACCUCCGCCUGAAGCGCCACCUGGAGUACGUCAGGCACAUGAUGCCCGCCUGGGUGAGGGCAGAGCAGAGGUUCCACGCCGACUACCUGUUUAAGGCUAUCGCGGGUGACUGGGAGAGGAAGCGGCCCGUGUGGGUGAUGCUGAUGGUGAACUCGCUGACCGAGUGGGACGUUCGGGGCCGAGGAGCGCCCGUGCUCGAUCUGUUCCUCGCCCGUGAGGCCGAGCGCAUGGGUAAGAAGACCGGGGCUGUUGAGAACGUGGAGGAACAGUGUCGCCCGCUGAACGGACUCAACUUCUCUCAGGUCCUGUUUGCUCUGAACCAGACGUUACGGCAGCACGAGGGGGUUCGAGAGGGGGGCGUCCGGGGCCCCUUCACCACCGAAGAUCUCAUCUCUCACUAUAACUGUGGGGAUCUGAGCUCCAUCAUCUUCAGCCACGACACCUCACAGCUCCCUCACUUCCUGAACAGCUCUCUGCCGGAUGACGAGCGUUCCACGGCGGCGCAGAUCGACCACUACCUCCGCCAGGAGCUCAUCUACAAACGCAACGAGAGGAUGGCGCACCGGGUCUCCGCCCUCCUGCGCAAGAGUCCGUCACAGAGCUUCUUCUUCGCGUUCGGCGCUGGUCACUUUCUGGGUAACCACAGUGUGCUGGACAUCCUGAGACAGGAGGGCUACGUGGUGGAACACACGGCGGCCCAUGAGCCUCUCACACCGACCCGUCCUGAGGUGGAAACCAUGACUCUGACCCUGACUGACCGGAGUCCUACACCUACACAAGAGUGGACAUCUGAAUCUCCGGAGGAGGAUCUGCCCCACCUGCUGGAGCCGGACAGCCUGAGCCAGCUGGAGGAGUUCGGGAGACACCAGCGCCCCCGAAAGACCCACCGGCAUCAUGGCAAGCAGCAGCGGCUCUUCAGCGACCUGUGGGUGCGGCUGGGACUCAGCACGCCCACACCUUCAGAAACGUGGACACCCGGCAGCGAGGUGAUGACAGGAACCCAGAGGACGCGGCAGCAGGAGGAGUCGGUCCCUCCCAGCAUCACGGACGUUACUGUACACGUUUCAGGCUCCGCCGUGGCCGUCGUGCUCAGCUGCUUCUCAUCGCUGGUUUUUCUGCUGCAGUUCACCUCCUGACC